AAGGGUAUGUAAUGGAUCUCUUUGUUUCAGAACACGUAGCAAAUGAACAUGGAAGUUCAUUUGAUCGCAAAGAGUAUGCUGUGAACAUGUAAAAUUAAUCAACAGCACUUCAAGCUUCAGACCCAGUAAUGUCCAAGCCGACCCUAUAUUUCUUAGGCUUCCCGAUGGUUUUCCAGACAACCUUGAGGCAUCAACAACGACGUUAGCACAAGGAGGUUGACAAUCAUGCUGAUCGUCACAUCCAAUUGUGGGAUCACACCCAUCAACCACCGUGGCCACCACGCUGCGCCCAUUACCCCUCAUAAUGAAAUUGUGUAAGCACCUCUUCUUUUUGUUGAGCCCAUCCCCGUCCACAGUGCCACAGUUUUUUCAGAUCAUCGGAGUGGAACUGAUUUAUAUUUAGAUAUUCAUUUUUCAAUGAUCUUGUUGCUGUGACCUGCUGCAAUUGAGACAAUAGCAACGUACUCACAAUACGCCUAGAGAAACAAAGGGACAAAUCGUCCAAGAUCGUUUAGGCACAUGGAGAUCCCCCUCAGCUGAAAGUUAUCUCAACUGUUAUGGCACAGUUCACACUCAGUUUGUAUUAUAUGUAAAGAAUUGACAGGCCGAAAGGAUCUCAUAAUUGCAACCGAGAUAUCAUUUUAUAAUGACCAGGCAACUAUCAGCAGAACCGUAACCUUGCCAUCUCUUUCACUCUUGAACAAGGUUUUAACUUCAUGCACCAAGGCUUGAUCACUACAAAUCUACAAUACAUCAUAAAAGGCAAUCUGAUGUCUCCGAAACUGUCUGGUAACCAGGGGCAUGAUCAUGUGAAGCUGGCGUCGUACGCAGAUGCUAGAAGACAAACUUAGAUGACUCGGCCAAUACGAACAUCUGACAGAGAUACGCCGAGGGGAUUUUUCUAUAAUUACAAAAUUAAGGUAUAUGAUUCAUACAUGUUAUUACCUCGACAAUUUUAUACUCUAGAUAUUUUCUUUCCUCAUUAUUUGUAACAAUAGUUUUGGCAAAAGAAAAAUGCUUCAUGCAAAAGUGAAAAGGCCACUAAAUUGUCCCAAUUUGAUGUUAUUUCUUGAUUACCCCAUAGCUCAUCCCUACAAAUAGCUUUUGUACGAGCCAGCUUUUGUCAAACCAGGGCAUCACAAGAGGAAAGAGUAAAGAAAAAUGAAGCAGCAAAUUUGUUCAAGUGCUUUCCUUUUCCUUUGCUUUCUUUUUCUUUUUCUUAGUGUUGAAGCUCAGACCUGCAGUCCUAGUGGCAACAUAAGAGGGAAAAAGCCUCCACCAGGGAAAUGCAACACCGAGAAUGACUCUGAUUGUUGCAAAGAUGGCAAAUGGUACACAACAUACAAGUGUUCACCACCAGUGUCCAGCCAUACCAAGGCAACUCUAACUCUCAACAGCUUUGAGCCGGGCGGCGACGGUGGUGCGCCGUCAGAAUGUGACAACCAGUACCACUCCGAUGAUGAGCCCGUGGUGGCACUUUCAUCAGGAUGGUUUAACCACAAACAAAGGUGUCUCAAGUAUAUAACUAUCCAUGGUAAUGGGAAGAGUGUUAGGGCCAAGGUAGUGGAUGAAUGUGAUUCUACAAUGGGGUGUGAUUCUGACCAUGAUUACCAGCCCCCAUGCGAUAACAAUAUUGUUGAUGCAUCGAAAGCAGUUUGGAAAGCCUUGGGAGUGCCCUCAAGCGACUGGGGUGGCAUGGAUAUUUACUGGUCUGAUGAUGAUACCUGCAAUCCUGGUGGCAAGAUAAGAGGGAAAAACCCUCCGCCAGGGCAAUGCAACCAAGAAAACGACUCUGAUUGUUGCAAGGAUGGCAAGUGGUACACAACAUACAAAUGUUCACCACCCGUGUCAAGCCACACGAAAGCAACACUGACACUUAAUAGCUUCGCGGCAGGCGGUGACGGCGGUGCACCGUCAGAAUGCGACAAUCAGUACCACUCGGAUGAUGAACCGGUGGUGGCACUUUCAACGGGGUGGUUUAACCACAAAAAACGAUGUUUGAAGUACAUCAACAUAUAUGGUAAUGGAAAAAGUGUGAGGGCCAAGGUUGUGGAUGAAUGUGAUUCUACAAUGGGAUGUGAUUCUGACCACGAUUACCAGCCUCCUUGUCCUAACAACAUUGUUGACGCCUCUAAAGCAGUUUGGAAGGCUCUGGGAGUGCCUGAAAGCGAUUGGGGCGAUAUGGAUAUCUACUGGUCUGAUACUGAUUGA